GAAGAAAUUGAAACAAUUUGUUGGCUUUUGUUUACCUGGUGUGUGUAAGAAGCCACCUCGCUCCCUCUCUGAUCGCCAUCCCUGACCUUUCUUUCUUUUUACUCCUUAAAAAAAUUAAUUUCCCCCUCUGUGCAAUGGAGCGUGGGGGGUGGAGGGGGAAGGGUUUGAGAAUCCACCCAAGCCCGGCCCCUAUUCCCCAGAACACCAAUAAUAACCCCCUUUAAAACAUUUACCUUCCUCCCCUGCUCCUCCUCCUCCCCUAGUCCCACCGCCCCUAACUCAUAACUCUGUUGAGUCCAGAAUCUCAGAAUCAGGCGUUGGCUUUGCCGGGUGCUUCACAUCGAUGGAUGAGUUCCACCCGUUCAUCGAGGCGCUGCUGCCUCACGUCCGAGCCUUCUCCUACACCUGGUUCAACCUACAGGCGCGGAAGCGCAAGUACUUCAAGAAGCACGAGAAGCGGAUGUCAAAGGACGAGGAGCGCGCGGUGAAGGACGAGCUGCUGGGCGAGAAGCCUGAGAUCAAGCAGAAGUGGGCAUCCCGGCUGUUGGCCAAGCUGCGCAAAGACAUCCGGCCCGAGUUCCGAGAGGACUUUGUGCUGACCAUCACCGGCAAGAAGCCCCCCUGCUGCGUGCUCUCCAACCCCGACCAGAAGGGCAAGAUCCGGCGGAUUGACUGCCUGCGCCAGGCUGACAAGGUGUGGCGGCUGGACCUGGUCAUGGUGAUUUUGUUUAAGGGGAUCCCCUUGGAAAGUACUGAUGGGGAGCGGCUCUACAAGUCGCCCCAGUGCUCGAACCCCGGCCUGUGCGUCCAGCCACAUCACAUUGGAGUCACAAUCAAAGAACUGGACCUUUAUCUGGCUUACUUUGUCCACACUCCGGAAUCCGGACAAUCAGAUAGUUCAAACCAGCAAGGAGAUGCGGACAUCAAACCACUGCCCAACGGGCACUUAAGUUUCCAGGACUGCUUUGUGACUUCUGGGGUCUGGAAUGUGACAGAGCUGGUGAGAGUAUCACAGACUCCUGUUGCAACCGCAUCAGGGCCCAACUUCUCACUGGCAGACCUGGAGAGUCCCAGUUACUACAACAUAAACCAAGUGACCCUGGGACGGCGGUCCAUCACCUCCCCUCCUUCCACCAGCACCACCAAACGCCCCAAGUCCAUCGAUGACAGCGAGAUGGAGAGUCCGGUUGAUGAUGUGUUCUAUCCUGGGACAGGCCGCUCCCCAGCAGCUGGCAGCAGCCAGUCUAGCGGAUGGCCCAAUGACGUGGAUGCAGGGAGCCCCCGGGCCACAGCGUCAGCCCUGCACUUCCCCUCCACGUCCAUCAUCCAGCAGUCAAGCCCGUAUUUUACACACCCAACCAUCCGCUACCACCACCACCAUGGGCAGGACUCGCUGAAGGAGUUUGUGCAGUUUGUGUGCUCUGACGGCUCGGGUCAGGCCACUGGACAGCCCAACGGUAGCGGCCAGGGCAAAGUCCCGGGGUCAUUUUUGCUACCGCCGCCGCCUCCAGUGGCCAGACCUGUGCCCCUUCCUAUGCCUGAUUCCAAAACCACCAGCACGGCCCCAGACGGCGCCGCCUUGACUCCUCCAUCACCUUCAUUCGCAACGACAGGCGCCUCCUCUGCCAACCGGUUUGUCAGCAUCGGACCCCGGGACGGCAACUUUCUGAACAUCCCACAGCAGUCUCAGUCCUGGUUCCUCUGAUUAAGAUCAACAAAGAAACAACAAAAUUUUUAAAAAGAGGUUCCUCAAAAGGGGGGAGAAGAAAUUUUGAGACAUGGAAAUAUCCCCCAGCCCAGCCCCACCGAAAAGCAAAACUUAGACGUCGUCAGCCACUCAGCCCUUCCCUCCUCCAGCCCGGGUAGCCCUGCGGUCCAAAGCAGCCCAGUCCUGGGAGCCCUCGGAAGGGGUCUCAGCCGAGUUGUACACCAGCAGCCAAGCAGAAAGAAGCAUGCUAAGCGGACUCUGCUAAGCAGAGGACAAACAGAAAGAAAAGAAGCAACCCAGCCCGGCCUUCCCGGGAAGGUGGCACCCCUGCGGUUCCUGGGGACCCCCACCCUCCGCUGGACCUAAGCUUCCUUCGGAGCCCAGAGGAACAGCUCUUAAAAAUGAUGGAAGUAGACAUUCGAGCUCACCUCCGGACUUCGCCCCUCCCUCCUCUCCCUCUCGCCCUUCCUGGGAGCCUCUGCUCAGGCUUCUGUCCCCUGCUGCUCUGGACUAGGAUGGCCCCGGGGUGGGCAGGGGAUGUUCUUUGGAGGUAGCUAAGCUAAAUUCAGCGUUGAGUCCAGAAUGGAGGGUGUUCUGCCACCUCCCUCCUCCGCCCCGAACCGCACGGGCAGUUCUCGGGCCGGACCCCCUCUGUACAGCACACAGGAAAAAGUCAGAAUGCUCUGGACUGGACGCUCAGCCCGGCACUGGCACCCUCUUCCAUCCCCGCAGGCCGCGAGGGCUGCCCUCUGCCACGCCCCUAGUGAAGGGAGUCGGCCCCAGGUCGCCCCGCACCCCAGCCCUGCAUGCAGGUGCCCUCGCUCCGCCCCUCUGCCCUGCCCCUGCCCUUGCCGCACACAGCCCUCCAGGGGCCGGCUGAGAGUGGAGCAGAAAGGGCCCCGGAGCCGAGCGAGGAGGACAAGGCUGCCUCCACCUGCACUAGGUAGGCGUCCUGUUCUCGAGACUUUCAGUUCCUGUGGAGGGUGGUGGUGGGGUGUCAUCCUUUUAAAAGAGUGUUCUGGAGCUUUCUGGUCCCCUUCCCUUCCCGCCACACCCCGUGGCCACUUCUCCCUAGAUUUUAGCUGUAAUGUCUUUCCUCUUUAUUUAGGGGUGGGGCAGUCAUUGUUUGGGUCUUUCGCUGUUGCAGUUGGGAACUCCUCUGAGCAACUUGGGAACAAUUUCAUAACACACCACAGGAAGCAGCUCUCCUCCCAGCCCCCUCCUCCUGCAAGGGAUGGUGGAGGCUUGUCCAGAGGGUCUUGAGAAGCCCCCUGGGAGGGAGGGGAACGCGAGCACGCCAGCCCCCCUUCAAGGUGACUGGACCCCUCUGGCUUGUCUUUCUGUGCCUUAGUCCUCCUUCCCUGCAUCUCCCCUCCUAGGCCCAUUCUCAAGGCCUUGUGCCUCUCCGGUAUGAAAACACAAAGCACAGGUCAGGAUCCUCCGAAAGUUGGUCCAACAUUGCACCAAUGUGGGGGUGGGUUGUGGGCUUUAUUUAUUGAGAAUCUAGUUGGUGAGGCUGCGGCCCUGAGCGGGCGAAUGGCCGCGUGCAGGGAGCUCGGGAUUGAGAGGCAGCUGUCCGGGCGGGCGCGCUGCGUGGAAGUUGAGUGAAGCCCUCCCCUGUGGCGUCGAGGGCCCGGGGUGGAGAUCCCGCGGGGGACCUCCCUGUGCGAGGGGAGGGAGCCCCAGGAUGGGGGGCCGGGCGGGCCGGGCGUGACGCGCGGUCAAAGUGCAAUGAUUUUUCAGUUCGGUUGGCGAAACAGGGUCAGAGCUAAGAGCUAGCGAAAGAGGGUCCCUGCCCGGCCGCAUGCGCCUCUUCGGUUGGUCGAAGACAGUCGGGCUGCGGGCGGGAGCUGUGGGUUUGCGGGGCACACGCCCCGGGCGAGGUCAGAAGCUGCAGGCCAGCUGGGCCGGGGCCCAAGGUGCCCGGCGAGGUACCCCCGGAGGACGGGGUUGGGUGGGGGUAGCGCUCCUUUCCCAAGUGGUGUUGUGAGGGGCAGGCGAGGGACGAUGAGGGCAACAGAUGUGGGGACGUGUUAGGAGAGGAAACAACCCACAAAAAAUAUAGGGGAAAUUUACCUUUUUUUUUUUUCAUUGAACCAAGUGCAAUGCAUCAGAGAGUUUUCCUAUCUUUGUAUGUUAAGAGAUUAAGAAAAAAAAUUCUAUUUUUGUUGUAAUGUCCUCGCGGCUCUGGGGACGCUAAAAGAACUGGGCCUGCCCUGCCCUUAGCGGGGAUGAAAGCUGAGUGUUUUUUCUUUCUUUUUUUUUUUUUCCUUUUUCUUUUUUUGAUAGUUCUCUGGGUUUUUUUGUUUGUUUGUUUGAUUGGUUGGUUUUUGCCGUUUUCCUGAGUUGACGAGGAUAAUCUGGGGUUUCAAUUUGUUUCGUCGUUCGGUUUCGGUGGGAGGGCUGAAGAAAACGUUCACAUUUUAUAUUUAAAAAAAACACCUCGACAUUUAAAAAAAAACCAACACAAGAUCAAAAGGAAAAGGACGAGAGAAAAUUAUUUUUAAGAUAAUUAACAUAAAAAACCCUGGUGCUUAUUACAUUAUAAAGUACGUUUUUAAAAAACCCACAAACUAUUAUACAUACGUUUAUGAAUCAAUUAAAUAUUCUGCACUUGUUAGGAA